AUGGUGCGCAUCACAGCCGCUUCGCUCACCGCGGCGCUGCUCGUCGCCGUCGUCACUCCCCUUGCCACCGCUCUUCCCUUUCUCACAAAUUCCACCGACUUUGUCGCCUCCGAUCAGCUCGAAGCGCGCUACGAUGGUCUCGGUGCACAAACACACUUUGAACGUCGCUACCUUACCAACCUCUCGCCCCCCUCCGGAUACACCUUCUCCUGGGGUAUCGACGGCUAUCGCGUCUCGUAUGGUACCGCCUCGGGUCAGUACAUCUCUCGCUCCGCCAUCUCCGGUGCAACCAAAGUUGCGCAGUCUCAAGUCAACGCCUGCGCAGCUCUCUGCAACAAGGACUCCCGCUGCCAUUUCUUCCAUCCUGUCGAGAUGAAGGGAGGCUCCGAAGGCAACGUCAUCUGCGCCCUCUACACUGCCAAACAAGAAAAGUCCGCUGCAACCUGGAGUGCAGGCCCAUCCAGCUACGGCGGAACGGUCGUCGCCUCCUAUGGCUUCACUCGUGCUGUUCCCGCCAGCGCGUCUGUCGCAUCUUCAAGAUCCACAUCUACAUCAUCCUCCAAAUCUACUUCCACAACAUCCACCAGGUCUACUUCCACAUCGUCCACCAAGUCUACUUCUACAACAAGCUCUGCUUCGACCUCUAGGUCCACCUCUUCCUCGAGCACCAGCUCUAGAUCCACUUCCACCUCGAGCACCACCUCUUCUUCCGCCGCAGCCACGAGCACACUGCCUGCCGCUCCCGCUGGCGCUACAUUGGUUCAAUUCAGAGGCUGUGCUAGCUCGCAAUCCACCGUUCCCAUGUUCGUCAACAAGAACUUCCCCAUCUCCGGUGUCUCCACCUCCGAUACCGCUUGGAUCGUUCAGCACGGCUCCAGUCGCAAUUUUGACGAUUACUUCAGCUCCGUGCGCAAUGUCGUAGGCGACCAGGGAAUCAUCCUUGCGCCCAACUUCUACGCCAACACCGACUCGGGCAAGUGGUAUCAGCCCGCCAGUAACCUUGCUUGGAACAGCAACGACUGGGCAAAUGGUGCUGAUGCCGUGGCACCUUCUGGCGUCUCUUCGUGCUCCUCCUACGAUGUGUACGACUCGCUGGUAGCGCUGCUCGGCGAUGUCUCCAGGUUCCCUAACCUUCAAAAGGUCUACGUCGUGGCUCACUCGGGUGGUGCCAGCAUGAUGACCAAAUACGGUCUCCUCCGUCCUUCGACCGGCUACAGUUUCGUGCUGGCCAAUUCGCCUUCCAUGCCUUACUUUACCACCGUCCGACCCAACUCCACCGCUGGCUGCUCCAACUACAACACUUGGGGUUACGGCUUCGGAAGCCCUUUGCCUCGCUAUGUUGCUGCUCGUCUCCCGGACGGCGUCUCGGGCUUCCGUUCUUGGAUCGCUCAGGACAUCACCAUCAUGACAGGCACCCUUGACACCUACUCGCGCGAUCAGACUGGCGAUCAGAGCUGCCCUGUCCAAGCACAGGGUGGACAAAACCGACGUGACCGUGGCUACGCCUGGUGGGCUUACCUCAACCUCCUCGGCGGCACAUCCACCGACGUCUCGGAUUUCUACGGCUAUCAAUCUCUCGUGGAUCAAGGCGUCACCAGUCUCAACCCACCCGUCUUUGGCGCGCGUUACUGUGUCGUCGACGGAGUGGCUCACGAUAAUGAUGCUAUGUUUGCCAGCGAUUGUGGUCGUGCGGCCAUCACGGGUGCUUCCUCCCUGCCUGCCGGUCCUGGUCCCAUUAGACCAGCAUGA